AUGGGCGAGGAAGCUGACACAACUCAGGCAUUGGGAUGUCUUAUAGUUCGUCCCGCAUCAUUUUCCACUGAGCGUCCCGAACUCUGGUUUGCUCAACUCGAAGGGCAAUUUCACCUUGCCGGCAUCGUGGAUGAAUUGGACAAAUUCCACAUGGCUGCCGUUCAUCUUGAUACCGUUGUUGGAGCCGAGGUCCAGGAUGUUAUACUGCAUUCACCAGCUCAGACUCCAUACAAGAUGUUAAAGGAUGCCAGCGUGGAAAGACUCAACGCUUCUCAGGAGGCCAGCCUACACCAGCUCUUGGACAAAGAGGUCCUCGGUGAUUGUAAGCCCUCACAAUUUUUACAUUUGAAAUCCCUUGUAGAUAUCGUUCUAGAGAACAUUCUAAUAACAAAAUGGCUUUCACGCUUACCGCGCAACACACAAUCGAUCCUGGCGACGCAAGCAAAUUCUACCUUGAACAAAAUGGCGGCGCUCGCAGAUAAAUUACAGGAGAUAUCGUCACCACCAACUAUCACUGCCAUUUCUGCAGCUGGUGAUCCAGCUGUUGCCGUUCUAGAACAGAGAUUUUCGCGUCUCAAGGCUUGCAUUUCAGAAUUGGCGGGUGCAGUCAGAAAUCAACGUUUUCAUUCGCAUUCACGUCCAAAGUCUCGUUCAAGAACAUCUAUUCAAAAAAUUGGACAAAUGCUGGUACCAUUACAAAUUUAA